UCAUAAUUAUAUUGUUGUUAAUUGUAGUGUCCAAUAUCAUCUAUCGUCUCGGUAGUGUACACGUUCGUUUGUGGCAGGGAACGUUUCCGUAGAUUAUCAUUACGUAUUAUUUUUUCGUUAUAGUAUAGCAUUGUUUUAUAGUGUUUAUCUCGACAUGUUGCAAUUUCUGAUCUUACUCACCCUCGCCGGUAUCAUCGCCGGCCAGAAAUCCUCCCAGGAGGCAGCCAUCAUCAGCGAAUCGCGAUACCUGAACACAGCCGGCCAAUUCGGCUCGUCGUACACUCAAGAAGACGGCGUCGAAUUCAAAGAAGAAGCCGAUUCCGAAGGUAAUCGCAAAGGCUCGUACACCUAUAUCGAUCCGAACGGCCACCGUAAAACGAUCACUUACACAGCUGGUAAAGACGGAUUCCAAGCCCAAGGAGAUCACAUCCCAGUACCCCCGGCCCCAUUACCGGUCAAUUCAUUCCCUAGUAUCGCUCAGCUUCCUUUACCAGUCAACUACCAAGUACAACAGGUCAGCCCAGCAGCCGCAGUUCCACCUCAACCGAAUUCUCUGCAAGUGCAAUUCCAAUCUUAUCCGGCUCCGGGUAGUCCUCUCUUGAAUCUUUUCCAAUUGCAGCCUUUGCCUCUUAUCUCCAGUACUGAGAAUCCGAUCACUGCUCGUCAAUACCCACCGGCUAAGUUGAACGUUAAACAGACUCCAGAUGGGUUUAGUUACACGUUUAAUAGUAUUGUUUAAUAAUUAAGGUGUGAUUUUUUUUUUAAAUGUAUAAAACAAAAUAUAGUUACCUUAAAUAAAAAUAAAAUGAAAAAAAUAUAAGUUUAUACGUUAAUAAAGAAAUUAAAUUAACAACAAAAAAAUAAUCAAAAUAGAACAAAAAAAAUGA